AUGUCUUUGCGUCGUAGUGCGCGUAAUAUUAGUAAUUCCAAUGGGUCUGCCAAAAAAGAAUCAGCUGUAAAGAAAAUCAAAACAGAAACAGCAACUAAAAAACGAAAAGCACCCGAGGUCAAAGUCGAGGAUAAUAAGCCUCAAAACUGGGACAUUGUAUAUGAAAUGCUGGAAGCUUUUCGAGAAAAAGAAAAAGCACCUGUGGAUACAAUGGGAUGUGAAAGACUUGCGGAUACUACGGCUUCUCCUGUCGUUCAACGAUUUCAAACUUUGAUAGCCUUAAUGCUUUCUUCACAGACAAAAGAUACCGUCACCAGUGUUGCUGUGGCAAAACUUCAGAAAGAGUUGCCAGGAGGACUUUGUCUGCAAAGCAUAUUGAAUGUUGACGAAGCAGCUUUGGAUAAAAUGAUUGCAGCAGUUGGUUUUCAUACAAAGAAGGCGUCUUAUAUUAAGCGUACCGCCGAAAUCCUCAGGGAUCAGUAUGCUGGUGAUAUUCCGGAUACAAUUGAAGGUUUAGUAGACUUACCUGGUGUUGGACCUAAAAUGGGCUACUUGACUUUGCAAGUGGCAUGGGAUAAGAAUAUCGGUAUCGGUGUAGAUGUUCAUGUACAUCGUAUCUGCAAUCGUUUAGGUUGGGUCAAGACAAAAACACCAGAAGAAACUAGAACAAAUCUUCAAUCGUGGCUACCUAAAGACAGAUGGAAAAAAUUAAAUCCAAUUAUGGUUGGAUAUGGACAAAUUGUUUGUUUGCCACGUGGACCUCGAUGCGACAUCUGCCCUAUCAGCCAAUACUGCCCGUCUUCUGAAAUCAAAAAGAUUGUCAAAAAAAAGCAAAAGAUAGAAAAAACAGAGUCUGUUUAUUUUAAGACUGAACCUACUGAGGAACAAAGACCAUUAGAUUGGUGA